AUGGGGUUUCGCAUCACCACCUGGAACGUCAAUGGGAUCCGAAACCCAUUCUCGUAUGAGCCAUGGCGAGGGAAACGCACCUUCGAGGCCAUGUUCGACAUUCUUGAAGCCGACAUCGUCGUCUUCCAGGAAACUAAGAUCCAACGUAAGGAUCUGCGAGAUGAUAUGGUCCUAGUGCCUGGAUGGGACUGCUACUUCAGUCUCCCGCGUAUCAAAAAAGGCUACUCCGGAGUUGCCAUCUAUACUCGCAAUGCAACCUGUGCUCCCAUCCGCGCCGAAGAAGGUCUCACUGGUGUGCUCUGCCCACCUAACUCGUCGACUCCGUUCCGAGACCUCCCCGAGGACCAGCAGAUCGGCGGGUAUCCGACCAUGGAGCAACUUUCUCGGCUGGAGCUGGACGCCGCCACGCUGGACUCGGAAGGCCGCUGCGUCAUCUUGGAGUUUCCGGCAUUCGUCCUCAUCGGGGUCUAUUGUCCGGCUAACCGGGACGAGACCCGUGACUCCUUCCGGCACGGCUUUCUGGAUCUGUUUGACGCGCGCAUCCGGAAUCUGGUGGCCAUGGGUAAGCGCGUCUUCGUCACGGGCGAUAUCAACAUCUCUAGAGAGCAGAUUGACGCGGCGCAUGCGGCCGAGGCUAUUCGGAAAGGCGCCACGACGGAAGACGAGUUUGUGUCUGCGCCUGCGCGUCGGCUGUUUAAUCAGCUGCUGGCCGGGGGGAAAGUCGUUGGUCCCCGCGAUGAGGACCGAGAGCAGCCCGUUCUGCACGAUAUCUGUCGCUCGUUUCACCCAGAUCGGCGGGGCAUGUAUACCUGCUGGGAGCAGAGGAUCAAUGCGCGGCCAGGGAAUUACGGAUCGAGGAUCGACUACGUUCUGUGCAGUCUGGAUAUCCGGGAGUGGAGUUGUGAUUCUAAUAUACAAGAAGGGCUGAUGGGAUCCGAUCAUUGCCCGGUAUAUGCCGUCUUGAAAGACUUGGUCCCACACCAAGGCGCCAUGGCCAAUAUCCGCGAUCUCAUGAGCCCCUCGGGCGUGUUCCGCAACGGAGAGCGCCAGGGCGAGUACACAUCGAAGCUCCUCCUGCCUCUCUCCGGACGAUUGAUCCCGGAAUUCGACAAACGAAGGAGCAUCAAGGACAUGUUCACGCGGAAACCCAGCACACCAGCUGUAACUCCCAACGAAACGCCGACAACAUUCACAGCCGAACAGCCCCCACAGCCACCCCAAGGCACCGUCCGCAAGCGCGUGGAAAGACCUGAUCCUCCUCCGGCCGUCAAACGCACAAAGUCUACUCUCGCGUCCUCGCCCGCAGCACCCAUCACGGGGCAGAAAUCCCUCAAGGGCUUCUUCAAACCGAAGUCCGGUCCCUCCCCCCGCCCUCCGCUCAACUCCCCCCAAGAACCAAAAAACAACCUUCCCUCCCAACCCCACCUCCAACCCCAAUCACCAUCACGUGGCACCGACGCAGGACCCGACACGGUUAUUGACCCCAUCGCCAGCCAAGAAGGCUGGUCCAAUCUCUUCGCCAAGAAGCAGCCCCCGACAUGCGAGGAACACCGAGAAGAGUGCAUCCGCCUGAAGGUGAAGAAGCCGGGCAUCAACUGCGGCCGGGCAUUCUGGAUCUGUCCGAGGCCGCUCGGUCCGAGCGGGAAUAAAGAGAAGGGGUCCGAGUGGCGCUGUUCGACGUUCAUUUGGGCGAGUGAUUGGAAUCCGUAG